AGCCUCUGCCCAUGUCGCCGGCGGAGUGGUUGGUUCAUUAGAACCCGACUUUCUGACGCAGCACACGAGAGGGCAUGGGAUGGGAGUGGUAUGCCAUUCUUUCGUGGAGUAUGACCGAGCAGGCAAUGGCCUCGUAGCAAUAUUUCGAAGAAUGAGAGGGAGUGGAUCCCGUAGAAAUGCACAUCACCUACUCCGAGUGCUGUUCGAGUUUCAGCCGCGAGCAAAGCCGGGAUUCAGCCUUCUUGCGUCGUGACGCUCCCACGUCUUCCAUAGAUCACAUCGACGGCCGAGGCCGCGAGGAUAGAGGAGUGAGAAAGCGUAAGUUCGCGUGCCUCGAUCGGGUAUCAAUCUCCUUCUCAUUCAUCCAAGUGCUAACGUGGGAUAACAUAACGGCGCAAGCGCGCGAGGAUCUGAAUUGGAACAGUAUCCCGCUCCUCGAGGCGACGCGAAGGAUCAAGAGGCAUGCAACCGGUGAAGUCCAACGACAGAGCAUGAACCACAUGCCCCCUCUCGGCUCACUUUACAUCGUGUUUUAUUACGCAACACUGCAAACAUACAGCCUGCAGCCAACACGUGCCAGUCGCGCUUCGGCAUGUUCCGCGGCGAUGCCCUCUCGUGUGUCAGCCUUACGCCAGCAAUCGAUGAAGUCAUAAAGUUACUCGCCACAGGAACCAGAAAAGAGGGGGAACGAUGUUAAAGAAUGCUACUCCUCAACAUUCAAUCCUCUUUGUACAGCCAUUGCAUGAUUGUCGAAAACUCCUUCAUCCAAUCUAUCACAUCUCUCAAUCGAGAAGGACACCAGACUUGACGAGCGCGGCAACUCUUAAGCUUGCUUCCCACCAUGCAGUCCCUACG